AUGCGAAAGGUGACGACGUCGAAGAAGCGAGCGUACCCAGCUACUCGUGGUCACUAUGGUAACGUCGAGAAUGCUCGAGCCACACUCGAAGCAUUUGAUUCGGAAUUGCUAGGCGUCAGAAACAUGACCGAUGGCAAUGCCGAUUGGGUCGCGCAGAAUUUACAUCGUCAGCGAAAGAUUUUGGAAGAAAAACAGCGGCAAAAACGUACUGCUUCCGCUACGAUAAGGUACAACCAAGUGCCUACCACAGGAUUCAAUUCAAUGGAUCCAUCUUGCGGGUUCGGGUUCGCCUCUCCACCCUGCUACGAUGGUCCACUGUCAGCUUGUGCAGAUCCCGAUGCUACCGGACCAACACUAGUCACAAUCCGAGGAUUUGAUACUCCCACAAACCUUUCCAGACCCGUAAGCACCAACAAGGAAUUUGGCAGAGAAGAUGAUGCUUCUCCGGUAAGCACAUUGGCGGAAAAGAUGGAGAGGGCCGAAUUGUCACCAUGUGUACCUAGUGAUGAAGAGGAGCUUGUGGGUCCAGCAUCUGACACUUGGAAAAACAAUGAGGAUAAGAGCGAUGUUGAAGAACAUACUCUACCAGCUGAAGAACUGCCCGCAUACGACGAAAUUGCUGCCAAUAUAGAGAAGUUUGUACAAGCACCAGCCAAGCGAAAUGUCAUUUAUAAAUGCUCGAUAACGCGAGAUAAAAGAGGAGUGGACAAAGGAAUAUAUCCAACCUAUUAUUUACAUCUUGAAAGAGAGGAUAAAAAGAAGAUCUUUUUACUGGCUGCCAGGAGACGAAAGAAAAGCACUACGGCCAAUUAUCUUAUUUCUACAGAUGCAACGGAUCUAAAACGGGAAGGAAGCGCUUUUGUAGGAAAAGUCAGAUCAAAUGCCAUAGGGACCAUGUUUACCCUCUAUGACUGUGGCGCGAACCCGAAAAAAUCUAAUAAUACUAGCGAUGUUCGACAGGAACUUGCAGCUGUCAUAUAUGACACAAAUGUGCUCGGCUUCAAAGGUCCACGAAGAAUGCAUAUCCUCAUCCCUGGGAUUUAUGAUAUCAAUACAUACGAACGCAAGUCAAUUCGACCUGUAGCGGCGAAGGAUACUCUGUUAGAAAGGUACCGCCAACGUCGAACAGACGAUAUCAUUGUGAUGCAAAAUAAAAGUCCUGUGUGGAAUGAAGAUUCACAAUCGUACGUCUUAAAUUUUCAUGGACGUGUAACACAAGCAUCAGUGAAGAAUUUCCAAAUUAUACACGAUCAUGACCCUGACUACAUCGUUAUGCAGUUUGGUCGAAUCUCAGACGAAUGCUUUUCCAUGGAUUUUCGCUAUCCACUGAGCGCUUUGCAGGCCUUUGGAAUCGCCAUGACGAGUUUUCACGGGAAACUCGCUUGUGAAUAG